GCUGCUGCGGAUGCGGAGCUGUCCGCGGGGUGGGCAGCGUCGCCGCCUCCCCUGAGCCGCCUCGGUCCGGCAGGAGCGGAGCCGAAGCAUCCCUUGCUGCACGCAGGGCAGAGCAGGCGAGGGCUGGGGGCCGAUCGGGGACCCCGGCAUCUGGCAGUUUCCUUGCAGGUUCGACUUUAAUUUCCAAGAUUGCACCCCUCCUCCUCUAGCCCAGAUCAUUUAUCCUCCCUCCGGCCUGGGCUGCUGGAUGCAGCGGCGGCUGGACUUGGUCCCAGGAGCAGGGAGAGUGCGCUCCCGGCCCUCCUAGCCGCGUGCCCGGGCCAUGGUGCGGCUGAGCUCCGCGCUUGGGUGAGGCGGCGGCGCGGCUUGGAGCCCGGCGGACCGGUCCUACGGGACAUCUUUCCCUGAGGAGGAGUCUUCCCCUGGGGCUGCGUGCCGGGGGCGAGCAGCGGCCGCGAUGUUCAGCUGGCUGGGUACGGACGACCGCCGGAGGAAGGACCCCGAGGUUUUCCAGACGGUGAGUGAGGGGCUCAAGAAACUCUACAAGAGCAAGCUGCUGCCCUUGGAAGAGCAUUACCGCUUCCACGAGUUCCACUCGCCCGCCCUGGAGGAUGCCGACUUCGACAACAAGCCCAUGGUUCUGCUGGUGGGCCAGUACUCCACUGGGAAGACCACCUUCAUCAGGUACCUGCUGGAACAGGACUUCCCAGGCAUGAGGAUUGGGCCCGAGCCCACCACAGACUCCUUCAUUGCAGUGAUGCAGGGAGAUAUGGAGGGGAUCAUCCCUGGGAACGCCCUGGUGGUGGAUCCCAAGAAACCCUUCAGGAAACUCAACGCCUUUGGCAACGCCUUCUUGAACAGGUUCGUGUGUGCCCAGCUACCCAACCCUGUGCUGGAGAGCAUCAGCGUCAUCGACACACCAGGGAUCCUCUCCGGGGAGAAGCAGAGGAUCAGCCGGGGGUAUGACUUUGCAGCUGUCCUUGAGUGGUUUGCCGAGCGGGUUGACCGCAUCAUUCUGCUCUUCGAUGCCCAUAAACUGGACAUCUCUGAUGAGUUCUCAGAAGUCAUCAAAGCCCUCAAGAACCAUGAGGACAAGAUGCGGGUGGUGCUGAACAAAGCUGACCAGAUCGAGACGCAGCAGCUCAUGCGGGUGUAUGGGGCCCUCAUGUGGUCCUUGGGGAAGAUCGUGAACACCCCAGAGGUGAUCCGGGUCUACAUCGGCUCCUUCUGGUCCCACCCCCUCCUCAUCCCUGACAACCGGAAGCUCUUUGAGGCUGAGGAACAGGACCUAUUCAGGGACAUCCAGAGUCUGCCCCGAAAUGCUGCCCUGCGCAAGCUCAAUGACCUCAUCAAAAGGGCCAGGCUGGCCAAGGUCCACGCCUACAUCAUCAGCUCUCUGAAGAAGGAGAUGCCCUCAGUGUUCGGGAAGGACAACAAGAAGAAGGAGCUGGUGAACAACCUGGCCGAAAUCUAUGGCCGGAUCGAGCGGGAGCACCAGAUCUCACCUGGGGACUUCCCCAACCUGAAGAGGAUGCAGGACCAGCUGCAGGCCCAGGACUUUAGCAAGUUCCAGCCGCUGAAGAGCAAGCUGCUGGAGGUAGUGGAUGACAUGCUGGCCCACGACAUUGCCCAGCUCAUGGUGCUAGUGCGCCAGGAGGAGUCACAGCGGCCCAUCCAGAUGGUGAAGGGUGGAGCGUUCGAGGGCACCCUGCACGGCCCCUUUGGGCAUGGCUAUGGGGAGGGGGCUGGAGAAGGUAUCGAUGAUGCUGAGUGGGUGGUGGCCAGGGACAAGCCCAUGUACGACGAGAUCUUCUACACCCUGUCACCGGUGGAUGGCAAGAUCACAGGCGCUAAUGCCAAGAAGGAGAUGGUGCGCUCCAAGCUGCCCAACAGUGUGCUGGGCAAGAUCUGGAAGCUGGCCGACAUUGACAAGGAUGGCAUGCUGGAUGAUGAGGAGUUUGCACUGGCCAACCACCUCAUCAAAGUCAAGCUGGAGGGGCACGAGCUGCCCAACGAGCUGCCUGCCCACCUCCUGCCCCCGUCCAAGAGGAAACUUGCCGAGUGAUGGGGGUGGGGGGACAUUCAGAUGGGCAAGUGUUAGAGGAGGAGAUGGGAGCAGUGACUACACACACACAUACACGCACACACAUGAACACACAUGCACACACACAUGCGCAGAUCUUGACAUUGCUCUGUAGGUAAGAGAGGACCAUGAUGCCCACGUUUGCAACUGAUACUUGUUUGGGCACACCUCCAAGUUCUCGAGAUUAGUAGAAGGACAAGAGCACUCCCAGGCCCCAGAGUCUAAGCCUGAGUCUUCAUCCCUUUACCCCCCUCAUCAGCCACUCCCCAGAGAUGAGACCUGAGGCAAUUCACUUGCCCGUGCAGAUGGCCCACCCACCUCCAGAUUCCCCAGUGCCUCCACAUGUGGGCUCUGAGCAGAUGGAAAAGACUUUUCGUUUAGUAGACAAUUCACUUCUUUUUCUGUGCUUCCCAUACCUGCUUUGGCUUCCUAAUAAGAAAUCCAUUCAGGAGCCAGGAGAUCUGAGGGCAUGGGGACAGCUGCAGGGAGGAGAGGUGAAAGAGGAAGCGUCUUCUAGAGACAUUGGCCCAGGAGCUCUGUUCUUUCCUAAUCUAAGCCUCUGUCUUCUUUGGCAAACCUUGCUUUGAACUCUGCCAGUAUUUCAUUUUAAAGAAUCCCAGAGCAGGAGAGAAAAGAGAAAAAAAUUGGUAGAAAGAAUGAGGAAACUGUCCUGUAGUCUCCUGGAAACCAGUCAAGGUGGUUUUAGUCCAUAGAUUUUGUUAGAUGUUCUUUCCACCUGGCCUGUGAUGUUUAGAUGUUCAUACUUGACUCACAUUUACCCAGCCCCUCCUGCGUGCCAGGAGCUAUGUUAGGCACUUUAUAUACAUUAUUCUAUGUGGCCCUCACUGAUGUCCCAGGUAAGUAUGCAUUAGCCUUCCCAGUUUGCAGAUGAAGAGGCUGAGUAGCCUCAGAAGGGUUUAGGCAACCUAUUGAAACUCACAGAAGUCACAUGUGAUGGAGAGAGGAUUUAAAGCCAGGGCCUCAGACCCUCACACGCUUCUCUGUGCUAUGACGUGUGCAGGAUCCCAGCAUUGAUACCCAGUGACAAACUAUGGAGAACAACAAAGCAUGCAGGACCCCGGCAGCCUCCCAGGACAGGCUGGCAAGGGAGGAGGGCUGGCCAGCACUUGGUAGGCCAUCAGUCUGGCCAUCUGUCGUGUCACAGAAGCAAACCGUGCCUUCUGGCUCUGCGCCCCAUAUUCCCAGCAUCAUAGACAUCCAACAGCACCAGCAGGAGAGUGGGCUGGCCUGCUGGAUGCUGUUCGUGCCUGUCCCUGCUCUGCCUCCCACCCAGUUGCCUGAAUCAUCCCAGCUCAGAUGCAGCCACUGUCUCUUGUCAAGUGGGACCUCAUGCUAAUUCUCAGAAGGCUAACUUGAGAGGUCUGGGGCCUUGUUCCCUAGAGGGUCCCCAGGGACUCUGCAGUGUCCUUCGCAAAUCCCCACUGUACUCCAUGCCCUACAGCCUCCUCUAUGGUCUCUCCCCUGGCUUGCUUCAUGGCCAUUGAACCAGUCACUUUGUAUGCUAUGUUCCUACUGUGAUGGAAAACUAAAUGACUAUAACUUAUUUUAUAUCCAUAUUCAGAUUAUAUAGAGAAUAUUCUAUGUAUCUAUGAUGUGCUUACUACUGCAGUGCAUUUGUCAUUAGUCUUCAUGUUAAUACAGUACAUUUAUUCUUUGGUACCUGCCUGGCCACAGAGCAUCAUUCAAUGGAGGCUGAGGGAGAGGGACUGGGUUCUUACUUGGGGUUCCUGGUGGAAUCUUUGGCUGGAAAGGGCUCACUGGUGCCACCCAAUGGCUAGCAUCUACAACCAGCUUCCCAGCGGGCUGGAGUUUCUCUAGGCCCAGUGACCAACCCAGGCGAAGCUGGUGGAGCCACAGCUCCCUGACCCUCUGGAGUGAAGAUGUUCCCCUAGCCCCUGGGCUUCCUUCUGCAAGCACAUGUUUCUCUUUCACAUGAAGUGAAGGACAGACAAAGGCCAGGCAAAGGGGUCUCUCCUGCUAUGGAGAAAACCCUUGAGUGCCAAGUACAGGUUAGGGACCAUUUCUCAGCUCCACACCUUUCUUUGAGCUGAAGGAGAAAUGGGAAGGAAAUAGCAGAGGUAGGCGAAGUUCCUGUCUUUUUAUUUUAUAGGAAAGGGAGAUAUCUGUUAGCCCCUUUCUUCACCGCCACUUGGACACACAUGUCACUUUCCUGCCCUUCUCCAUACACUGCCUCUCUUCCCUCUCUUCUUGAAGUCUCCACCCAGGAGAGAUCUGCGAGGUGUGGGAAUUCCAUGUUUGCACAACUCCCAUCUCCCUGGAAAGAGGAACUGAUGUUUCAGGGGACAGAUGUGGGUCACUUUCCCGGGCAGUGCCCUCUGGCCUUGCUGCCUUGGCUUCCUGACCCCUUUCAGGUUUCAGGGGCCUGGGAGCUCUCAUGCCUCGCCCAGGAAACAUUUAAUAGGAGAGCAGAGACAUGCCAUGUCAGCCCCGCAGACAGGAAUUUCUAGAGCACUUGUCCUGUUCCUUGCCCCCACCUUACUCAGUCUGGGCCAUGGAAUCCAUCCAAUAAACACAGCAACACCCUAUGCUACUGACCAAGCAAAGCUUGCCCCUGGUACCAGAGAGCUAAACCAUGACCAAAGUGUGACACGAAUGUAACCGAAACGUGGGUUAGUUGCUGAAUGUACGCAAAGUCCCAUGGACAAGAGUGAGGUCUGAUACCAAUAAAGUGAAUGUAUUCC